AUGGUGCAGUUCAUAAUCACCAUCACGGCCUAUGUGAUUCUUCGGUUCCUUCUCAAGCCUCUCAGACAACCUAAAUUCGUUUGCAGCAUACUGGCCGGCAUUGUUGCGAGCCCCCAGGUCAUGCGGCUCACCAAAAUCUUUCCAGAAAACUCCGUCCCACACGAAGAAAUCCUUUUGGUAAGAACGGUAGGUGCUCUUGGCACGAUAUAUAUUCUGUUCUUAACGGCAGUGAAGACGGAUGUAACAGUCAUUGAGCGAUUGAUGAAAAAGGCCUCAUUCAUCGGCUUUACCAGCAUAAAUAUGAGCACCGCCAUCAUCUCGUUGAUGGUUCAUAUCUUGAACCUUCCGGGAAUACAGAAAGGAUUCUCCUCAUUCCUCUUUGCAGCGGGAUUGUCCCUAAUGCGAUUUCCUAAUGUUGUCUAUGCUUUUGAUGAACUCAAUAUCAAGACUUCUGAUCUAGGCCAGCUUGCCACGUCGACUUCUAUGCUCUGCGAAUUAUUUGUGUGGAUGAGGAUGUUGAUGAGCGCAUACUCUAUUGGAAAUUUAAAGUUGCUUUGGGCAGUUUUAGCCGUCUCAGCUUCGUUGCUGGUUAUAUUUGUUGUCAUAGGACGUGCGAUCAGGUUGAUUAUCCGGAAGAAGCCUGAAGGGAAACCGGUGCAUGAGCUUUAUAUCCUUUCUAUCUUAGUCGGAGCUUUGGUGAUAGCAUGUCUAACGGACUUGAUAGGCUCGUUGCAGUUCGGGGUGAUCCUUUUCGGGUUGGUGAUACCGAAUGGACCCCCUUUAGGAUCGACUUUAACUGAGAAGAUUGAGCUGAUUGCCACGGAACUUUUUAUGCCAAUGUUCUAUGCUGACGUUGGCUAUAGUGUUGAUAUUGCUUCGAUCAAUAUGAAUAAUUCGAGGAAAAUCAUCCUUCUGAUGAUAACGGGUGCUCUAGCAAAGCUUGUUGGAGCUAUAUUAGCUGCAUCAUGCUCCAAAAUAAGGCUCAGUCAUAGUGUCUUACUUGGCCUCAUGCUCAACAUCAGGGGUCCUUUUGACAUAUUUCUCUUCAAUCGAUGGAGGGCAACAAAGGAAAUAGACACGGAAACUUAUACGAUGAUGGUGAUAUCGGCAGUGGCGAUUACCGCAGCUGUGACACCCUUGAUCGACAUUUUCUAUAAUCCUCAUUCGAGAUUGAGUGCUUCUUCCAGAAAAUGCGCAAGAUCCAUUCAAACAACCCCAAGGAAUGUCGAACUACGGGUUCUUUGUUGCGUUCACAAUCAAGAAGAAGUCCCCGGCAUCAUUUCUCUUCUUGAAGCCUCAAACCCAACCAUCCAAAGUCCAGUAUAUGCCUACGUCGUCCACCUGAAUGAGCUCAUCGGACCCGCGACACCGGUCAUCACCCCCUACAACAAGCUUAUGAAAAGAGUCAAUUCCAGAGGGUCCUACCAUAUAAUGCGUGCUUUCGAGAAUUAUUCCAACUCAAAUCAUUUGGUAGAAGUAGAACCCUGCACGGUGAUCGCACCAUAUAAAGGGAUGCACGAGUACAUAUGCAAGGUUGCUCAAGAAAAACUCAUUCCCCUCAUCAUCAUCCCCCUCCAAGACAAGGGCAUGAACCGUUGCAUGCGUGAAGGACCGGCAUUUUCUUGUAAGGUCGGCGUGGUAUUCAUUGGUGGGCCGCAUGACCGCGAGGCAUUGGCGCUGGCUAUCCGCAUGGUCGGACGGUCCGACGCGAGCGUCAUGGUGUUUCGGAUCGUCUUCCGUGAAGUCGGCAAGGAUGCACACGAAGUUAUGGACAGGGAGAUCGAUGAUGCGCUCAUCGACACAUUCAGGGUAAAGGUCGGCAUUGACCAAGGCGGCAUGUACUGUGAGGUUGCGGUGCAAGAUUUCGAGCAAGUGGUUAGCCAAAUUGGGAAUCUAAAGGACAAGUUUGAUCUCAUCAUGGUAGGACAAAAGAGAAGGGUAAGGGGUUUGUUCCCGGAGGAAACGAUGUUGACUUGGAGUGAAAUUCCAGAAUUGGGAGUGAUCGGCGAUUUAGUUGCGUCGUCAGAGUUCUUUGGGGAGAUGACGUCGGUGUUGGUGAUGAAACAUCAUGGUGAUACCAAAGCCUCGUACCAUAAUAGAUUUGGCUCUAGGAAAUGCGAAGGCGAGCAACGUCUUCUUGACAGAACAAAUUGUUGA